CUGGCCAUAACUAGUUGACCAAGUCUGUGGCGACGUAGGAUCAAGUGCUUCAAGAGGUUUGCCGGAUUGCCAGUGUUUAUCGUUUGUGUGGUGAUUUUGUUCGCUGAAAAAUUGCAAUUGUAUUUGACAGUUGAAUAGUUUCAGAGUAGAUCUACACCACCGCCGCAACGAUGGGCCCUUAUACGUGUAAGGAGUGUUCGGCGUUACAAGUGAUGGAACAGAGUUAUACCACUGUGAUAGCCAACGCACUGUCCAAUGGCUUGUCGAUGCGAAAAAGUCAUUUCAACGGCAAAGUUCCGCCUAUGCCGUGGUUUGGCAUGGAUAUAGGAGGAACACUUUCGAAACUGGUAUUUUUCGAGCCAAAAGACAACGUUGUGGAAAAAACCGAAGACGAAGCUCAACUUUUAUCGAACGUCACGAAAUACUUGACAAAAAAUUCCGCUUACGGAAAAUCCGGUCACAGAGACACGCAUUUACAGAUGGACAAUGUGAAAAUAUGCAACAGGAUAGGGACGUUACAUUUCAUCAGAUUCCCCACUUGCGAAAUGAGCAAUUUCCUUGAACUAGCCAAAAGGAAAGGCAUGGCGGCCAGUGUGUCUACGGUUUGCGCAACUGGCGGUGGAGCUUUCAAGUUCGAGGAACAUUUCAAAAAGGUGUUGAAUUUGAAAUUGUGCAAAUGCGAUGAAUUGGACAGCUUGAUCCGAGGAAUGUUGUUCACCGUAGCGUCGAACAACAACGAAUGCUACUUUUGGUCUCAUUGCACCGAAGACGAACAAUGUUCAACACAAAAGUACACAUUCCAGUACAACAAAUACCCUUUCAUUGUCGUAAACAUAGGGUCCGGCGUCAGCGUGCUCGCAGUAUAUGGACCAAAUGAUUUCAAAAGAAUAUCGGGGACCAGUAUAGGAGGUGGUACGUUUUUGGGCUUGUGCAGUUUGCUGACCGGGUGCAAUACUUUUGAUGAGGCCAUCGAACUAGCCGCCAACGGAGACAACACAAAAGUCGACAAACUAGUACGAGACAUUUAUGGUGGAAGUUACAGUCGAUUCGGACUACCCGGAGAAUUGGUCGCAAGCAGUUUCGGCCACAUGAACUCCAAAGAGAAACAGGCAGCGGUUUCUCGAGAAGAUUUAGCUAGAGCCACACUGGUUACCAUUACCAACAAUAUAGCGUCCAUUGCGAGGAUGUGUGCUUUGAACGAAAGAAUCGACAGGGUUUGUUUUGUCGGUAACUUUUUGCGAGUCAACCCAAUAUCCAUGAAGUUGUUGUCGCACGCAAUGGACUAUUGGUCGAACGGUUCACAGAAAGCUAUAUUCUUAAAUCACGAGGGUUAUUUCGGCGCAAUUGGUUGUUUACUGUCUUUUGACGAAAGGUACAAGUAAAGUUAUCGUUGGAGUGUUCAACAACAAUCCAACACAUUCCACUUUUGCCAAGCUAGUUAGAUUCUGUCCGGCGGUCGUCGUGUACGCGCUGCAUACUUAUGUUAUUCACCAUCGCCGCCAGUCGAUGCGCAGUCCAGGAUAUCAAUAUUAAUUUAUUUUAUUUUUAAGACAACACUGCUGUCUAAUGAAUCACAUUGAUUUUUCAUUUUGGUGAUGUGUUAUUUUAAAUUUGUAUUUUGAAUAAUAUUAGUCCGUUGAUAUUAUUUUUAGUUACCUUUUCCACUCCACCCGAGUUUUUAUUUAUUAUUAACUAUUGAAGGAUUCUAAAUUUAAAAAAAAAAAUUCUUCUUUC